CACGAGCAUUUUACGCUCGGUGCUAAGACCAAAUCCGCGCUCGCGCACGAAAUCCAUUUACACUCCGGUAGUAGAGAGGGCCCUGAUCGAGUCGCUUUGCUCCGUCAAUCAAACAAUCCUCCGGUUUAAAAGCCCCGGACAAACGUUAACACCGUGCAGAGUAGCAGAAGAGCCUCGGUGAAGCACAGAGACAGAGCCGGAUCGGUUUGGAGAGGAAAGAAUGGCGGAUUCAGGCAGCACCGCAGCGGCCGCAGACUCCAACAGCGCUGCCGGGGCGGCUGGCUCCGUGGCGAAGGACGGAGGAACGGCUCCAGUUGUGGGAACCAAGGCCGUGUCCGAGUCCGUGAAAGGCCAACUAUUCGAUGUAGGCCCCCGCUACACGAACCUGUCUUACAUCGGGGAGGGGGCUUAUGGGAUGGUCUGCUCUGCUAUGGACAGCGUGACAGCCUCGCGCGUAGCCAUCAAGAAAAUCAGCCCAUUUGAGCACCAGACGUACUGCCAGCGCACACUGAGGGAAAUCAAGAUCCUGCUGCGUUUCCACCAUGAGAAUAUCAUCGGCAUCAACGACAUUCUCAGGGCACGGCAACUCGACAACAUGAGGGAUGUCUACAUCGUGCAGACUCUGAUGGAGACGGACCUGUACAAGCUGCUGAAGACUCAGAGGCUGAGCAACGACCACGUCUGCUAUUUCCUCUACCAGAUCCUGCGAGGCCUCAAGUACAUUCACUCCGCCAACGUGCUGCACCGUGACCUCAAGCCCUCCAACCUGCUCAUCAACACCACCUGCGACCUCAAGAUCUGUGACUUUGGCCUGGCGCGGAUAGCCGACCCAGAGCACGACCACACAGGUUUCCUGACCGAGUACGUGGCCACGCGUUGGUACAGGGCUCCAGAAAUCAUGCUCAACUCAAAGGGCUACUCCAAGUCUAUUGACAUCUGGUCAGUGGGCUGCAUCCUGGCUGAGAUGCUGUCCAACAGGCCCAUCUUCCCCGGGAAACACUACCUGGACCAGCUCAACCACAUACUGGGCAUCCUUGGCUCUCCCUCUCAAGAUGAUCUGAACUGCAUCAUCAACAUGAAGGCCAGGAACUACCUGCAGUCCCUGCCUGCCAAGCCCAGAAUCCCCUGGGAAACUCUCUACAACGCCGACUCUAAAGCUCUGGACCUGCUGGGCCGCAUGCUGACCUUUAACCCCAUGAAGCGCAUCAGUGUGGAGGAGGCUCUGGCUCAUCCUUACCUGGAGCAGUACUAUGAUCCCACAGAUGAGCCGGUAGCAGAGGAGCCCUUCACCUUCUCCAUGGAGCUGGAUGAUCUGCCCAAGGAGAAGCUGAAGGAACUGAUCUACGAGGAAACCGCUCGUUUCCAGGCAACCUACCAGGGAACAUGAGACACACAGCCCUAAAGAAUGACAAAGCCACGCAGAGGCUUGGAACAAGAAGACUCCAAACAACAUGCUAAACAAAAAGAAAAAAUGCAUCUUCAAGAAACCAACAAAAAAAAAAGAGAAAACGAGAAAUGAACAUUUAACUGCUUAUCUUUCCAUUUCUACUGCAAGAGAGCUAAGUUUAACUUUUGAUUUCUGUGGUUGGGGGUGGUAGGGUCUGUGUACUCAUACUGUUUCAGUUUUGUCCAUGUUGGACUCUUCCUCCUCUCACCUCACAUUCAUUUUACCGUUAAACGUCCCUCCUCAUCCCCUCCCAUCAUCAGUACCCCCCCUCCCCUCUCUCUCUCUCUCUCUCCUCUCUCUCUUGCUCCCUGAUGCGGACCUGUCGCUCCCUCUCAUAUAAACUACUGUAUUAACCGACUCCAUAACUCUCUUGUCUUGCUCCAUGUAAAUUACAAGCUGGAAAAAAUCGAGGGCUAAAAGAACGGGGAUGCUAAUCGGGUGUAUGUGUAUAUAUACAAAAAUAUAAAAAGCUUCUUUUCUUUUCCUUUUUAAGUGUGCUUGUGGCAGUUUCUGUUUGUACAUUGUUGUUUUUGAGUGUUUUCGGAUCAGUCGUAUCUGUAUGUUUUUGGGGUUUAUAUUUGCAAGUCUAAUUUUUCUGUUAACACUUGAUUUUUGAGACAAACAUUCAGUGUUUUUACCGGCAUGUUGGCAGGUUUAUAUAGAUUUAUUUGUCGUCGCAUUUCCUUUUCUUAAAAAAACAACAACUGUAUGAUGUUCAUAUGAAUGCAUGCAAUUCCUUAAAUUAACCAAAGUGGCAGAGAUAUGCAGGACACUUGGCCGGGGAGCAACUAAGGAUUACCUGUCGUAGUUUUAAAAUCAACACAUUACUCAACUCCCCCUUGGUUAUAUUCACGAGAAGCCACGCGAUUGGAACAAAUAGAUAUCAAACGGUAUAAGAUAUAAUUUCAAGAGUUGCUUAUUCAUUCAGACAACAGUAAUACCAAUGCCCCAUUUUCCAGAAAGUCACGGUACUCUUCAAAAUCAUUUUCCCCCUAACGAUCAUGAACUACCUGACUUAAGUGACUGUAAGUUUUAUAGUGGAAGACUUUCCUUCCAAAAUAGCAGAAAUACUGCCAGAACCCUGAUGUCAGACACUGUUAUAAUACCUUUCCCCUUCAUUAAAUACAAUAACCAUCAAAUAUCUGAUCAGUAUUACAUUUCACUUUGGUUAAAAAUGCAUAGCAGACGAGUGGUUGGCUCCUUAUUAUAACAUCAGUGGAGCCGUCCGGGCUUCUAUUGAUCCUGACUUUCAUUAAAUCCCUGAUCCAAGUCUGCAAACUCGUACAGUAUUCUGGAAAAUGGGGCCUGGUUGACAGAUAUCAGCCUUUCCAUCCCACUGUGCUGUUUUUGUACUGCGUUUCUAUCGGCUACCGGCUGUUCGGAGUCCAUCCCGUCACAGGCUAACUGACAAGCGCAGACCCGAGUAUGAACAGAUCCAUGUAAACGGUCGAGAGAAGUGCCCUUUCCAGCGAGCAUUUUCAGAUUAUGGCUCAUUGAUGUGAGUUGAAUGUAAAUGGCCUGAGUUUCUGGAGUCUGUCGCUGCAGUUAGCGCUCUACGGAUGUGAACUUUUACAAGAAGGUCUCAGCUCUACGUCUCCUAAAGAAAAAAAACUGUACAUGUUGCUGACAAAUGCUGCGUUGAAGCCAUUAAGGAUGUAUGGUAAAGAUUCCCAUGUUUCCCACGGUUGAUAUGACCUGAAUGCAGCAUCAUUAACAACAAUCAAACCCAGGAUUGUCAGAGUGCUCUACAGCCGUCACCCCUUCACGGUUGUAUGGUAUAAAAACCCUCUGCCCAUUUCUCUUUUAUGCCCCCUCUCCUUUUUGCUUGUGUGUGUGUGUGUGUGUGUUUUCCCAGCUUCCUGUUCUUCAUCAAUGUGGGUGAUUUAACGCUGCGUCGUUUCUCAGAUGGCUUCUUUGCUUGUGUAUUUUGUCUGUGUUUAUGGUUCCUGUCAGUGGCUGCUCCCUCCUCUCUUUGUUCUGGAUGUGACUGUACUUAAUGGCUGCUUGGUGGAGCCGUCACCAGCUCGGUCUGCACUAAUUUCUGCCUGUUGCACUGGGACCAGUAGAGAAGCCUUCCCUCCUCCCUCCCCCCCCCAAAAAAAUGGACCAACACAUGCACUGGAUCCUCUUUAUUGUUUCUUUCUCGGGGCGGGUCUGUGAUGCUCACCGGCCUCGCCCUUUGCAGCAAAAAUCAUUGAAUUUCUUUUUUGGGCUGUUUUUCCUCAGAAGCCAUAGCCAGCACUUUGGGGUCGGUGUGAGGCUUUCUGGUGCAUGUGGUGAAUUGUAUCCUCUUUGUUCCACCUCCUGACUCUCGCCACGCUUUACUCAAAGGGCUGCCUCCCCCCUCACCUCCUCCUCCCUUGUCUGUCUCCUUCUCCACAGUGGGAUUUGGUGGAUAUCACUGACUUUGCUGCCACUAAGUCAUCGGCCCUGGAUCAUACAUGCAGGAAACUCGCAUAACUCAAUCAGCACGCCUGCACUUUGUCUUUCCAGCCACGCUCGCUUUGUCCUGUCCGGAUGUUUUUGUCUCUCCUUGUUCAGCUUUAAGUUUCGCCUGCUGUGUGUGUGUGUGUGCGUGUGUGUGCGUGUGUGUGUGUGUGUGUGUGUGUGUUGAAGCUCAUGGAGCGUCUGCAGUAAUUUAUGUCUGUGUACAGGUGUUUGUGUAUCUGCUCAUGAGUAACAUAAAGCCAAGACUCUUUCUAUCCUGUGUGUGUGUGUGUGUGUGUGUGUGUGUGUGUUUUGGAGCCUCUCCAUGCAGUUAUCUGCGCUUUUUACAUCUGAGAUUUUCUAUGUGUGUCAUAUGUAUAUUUGGUCUCCAGUCAACCAGGCCCUGCUUUGCUUUUUUUUUAAAAUUUUUUUUUUUAUCUCCAACCAACCUGCCACCAGACCAAACAUCUCACUGGGUAACCAUGGGAAGGAAAACCAAGAGGACCACGUUUUUGCAAUCCUCCGGACACACACUCACACACACUUCCUCUCUCUUUCUGAGGAGUGUAUCUGUGUGUUUGUGAAAAGUUGCACUUAAACGCACCAUAUACAUUCACGCAGUAUCGCGAGUCUGAAGGCCUGUCCGUCACGAGGCCUGUUUCCAGAUAUUGUUGUUUUUAAAUGGCUGUUCUUAUUAUUGCUAUUGUUGUUAUAUUGGUGAGUUGUUGUAUUUUCUUUUGUUUCUUUUCUACAUAAAAGGGAGUUAAAGUUGUUUUGUUUUUUUAAUAAUUAGGAUGUUUUAUUUGUAUUUCUUUUCUUUAUUUCUCUUAUGGGCGUGAUUUAUUAUUGGCAGUGUUUUCAAUCUUUCUGAAACCUUUAUUUUCUUUGAUUUUCCCCUCCAAGAUCUUAUAAGGAAUUUUUUUAAAAGAAGAUAUACGUAGAUUGUCAAAGAGCUAUGAGUUAUUGAGGGUUAUAGUCUGUAUAUUCUAUGGGUAUUAUGAAUUAAACGAAUAACAAAAACAGAAUUAUAUACAUAUAAUUAAAUACAAUUUCCUGAUACUGUUACAA